CUGGGGCGCGCUACGUGGAAACUCAUGCAUACCAUGACACUACGAUUUCCCGAGCAUCCAACUUUGGAUGAGCGAGAAGCUCUCAGCUCAUAUUUCUAUCUAACUUCAAGACUAUACCCUUGCGGAGAAUGUGCAUCGGAAUUCCAGGAAUUGCUGAAGAAAUACCCACCACAAACUUCCUCCCGACUAGCAGCCUCAUCAUGGCUGUGCGCCGUCCACAACGAAGUCAACGCCCGUCUAAACAAGCCCGAGUUCGAUUGCGCCCACCUUGAUGACGAGUACGAUUGUGGCUGCGGCGAUGCGCCAGUGAAGAAGAAAGUGGCCACAACAAGCGACUUGGAGCGGGAUCCGUCAAAGGAUGAUAUCACAGGAGUGGAUAUGAUUCGGGGUGGAAGAUAG